UGAGCACUGUACAACAGGUGUUUGCUCCUCAGUCCCCAGCCCGUCCUGGCAGCGACAGGAGCCUGCCGUCCGUCGUCGUCGGAGUCUCGCUCUCUCCCUCCCUUGCUGGCUCGCCCCUGGGCCCUGCCGCUGCCGGGCCGGGGGGCGCCAUGGCCUGCCGCUCCUGCGUCGUUGGCUUCGACAGCCUCAGUGACUGUGAGGCGACCCCGGCAGGCAGCCCCCGGCCUGGGACCUCGGGAUGGGGCCGCUGUGGGGCCCCGGGGCCGAGCUUCAGCUCCCGCAGCUUCACGGGCUGCUGGCCGACGGGCACCAUUCCCAAGGUGACCGUGAACCCCAGCCUGCUGGUGCCCCUGGACCUCAAGGUGGACCCGGCCCUGCAGCAGCAGAAGACCCAGGAGAAAGAGGAGAUGAAGGUGCUCAAUGACAAAUUCGCCUCCCUGAUUGGCAAGGUGCAAGCCCUGGAGCAGCGUAACCAGCUGCUGGAGACCCGCUGGAGCUUCCUACAGGGCCAGGACCCCACCGCCUUCGACCUGGGGCACCACUACGAGGAGUACCAGGGCCGGCUGCAGGAGGAGCUGCGCGCCGUGAGCCAGGAGCGGGCGCAGCUCGAGGCCAACCUGCUGCAGGUGCUGCAGAAAGUGGAGGAGUUUCGAAUCAGGUACGAGGAUGAGAUCUCCAAGCGCACAGACCUGGAGUUUACCUUCGUCCAGCUGAAGAAGGACCUGGACGCAGAGUGUCUCCGACGGACCGAACUGGAAACCAAGUUAAAGGGCCUGCAGAGCUUCGUGGAGCUGAUGAAGACCAUCUACGAGCAGGAGCUGAAGGACCUGGCAGCCCAAGUGAAGGAUGUGUCGGUGACCUUGGGCGUGGACAGCCGCUGCCCCAUCGACCUGAGCGGCAUCGUGGAGGAGGUGAAAGCUCAGUACGACGCCAUCGCGGCCCGCAGCCUGGAGGAGGCUGAAGCGCACUCCCGGAACCAGCUGGAGGAGCGGGCAGCCCGCUCGGCCGAGUUCGGGAGCAGCCUGCAGAGCAGCCGCUGUGAGAUCGCCGCCCUCAACGUGCGCAUCCAGAAACUGCGUUCCCAGAUCCUCUCCGCCAAGAGUCACUGCCUGAAACUGGAGGAGAGCAUCCAGACAGCCGAGGAGCGGGGCGAGCUGGCUUUCCAGGACGCCAAGGGCAAGCUGGCCGAGCUGGAGGCCGCCCUGCAGCGGGCCAAGCAGGACAUGGCGCGGCAGCUGCGCGAGUACCAGGAGCUCAUGAAUGUGAAGCUGGCCCUGGACAUCGAGAUCGCCACCUACCACAAGCUGGUGGAGGGCGAGGAGAGCAGGAUGGACUUGCCCUCGGCCGCUGUGAUCAGCGCAGUGCAGUCCCGAUCCAGAGUCGCCUCCAAAUCCCGCCUCUCCGCGGGCCCCUCCCGGAAGAAGAAGAAGAGCAGAGGCCACGUGAUCCAAAUCACAGAGAUGUCAGAGAAGUACCUCUCGCAGGAGUCCGAGGUCUCCGAGUAGGGCGUUGGAGCCCCGGAGCCCCGGGGUCCCCCCCCCACCGCCGCCGCUGCAGCAGGAGGGACUCCAGCUAGACUCCAGAGAGCAGCUGGGAGGGGAGGCGGAACCUGCCACCACGCUGACAGCAGCAGGGCUCGGAGCAGGGCUGCUUGGCUGUGGGUUUCGGGGGAUGGGAGGGGAGAGUCAGGGUCCCUCGGGUCCCCCCAGCUUCCACCUCCUGCAUAGCUUCUCACUGCCCCGGCCUUCCAGCCUGGGGCUGGAAGCUCUCCCGACUGCCUGCACUGGGACUUGGGGGACACUGUGGCUCCACCUCACUGCCACUCUUGGGCUCUCCCUCUGACACAGGGCUCCUGCCAGGUGCUUUUCAUGCGUCUGCCCAAUGCUUGCCCUGAACUCACUGCUCAAGCCUUGCCUUGCCACUGCCUGGGAGCAAGGCCUUGCUCACCUGGCCCAGGCCCCAGCCCCCCAGCUGCCCCCUGGGGUGCUGAGGGUCCCCCCUGGCUUCUGCACCACCUGGGCUCCCCCGACACUUGACAGUAUUAGGGGGUGAGUGCAGGAGGACCCCUGGGUGUCUGAGAGCUGAGCCUGGACCUCAGGCCAGCCUGGAUACCAGCCCCUUCCUCCACCCCACCACCGAGGGGGCCAUCACCACGCCUGAGCAGGCUGCACCCAGCCAGCUCUAAGCACCUUCUCCAAAAGUUAUUCUUGCCAUGAUCCACUCACGGGGAGCAGGAGGCAGUGGGCAGCUUGAACCAAGCAGGAGAAUCAGCCCCUCCCUCCCUCCCACGCACAGCCACCCACCCAGCCUGGGGCCUGAGCGCUCUGCCUCCAGCCAGGAUACUGGGCUGGUGCCUGCUGUGCAACCCCAGGCCCAUUUCCCAAGCAGGCCACUUGCCAGGCCUCUGCUCUCUCCUGCUUAGCUGAAGGUGACAGCCCCUUCCUCAACCCCCCCCACCCCACCCCACCACCACCACCACCACCAGGCCCCUGCCUCCCUCCUCCACAGCUGCUCUGCCUCCCUGCAGCAGGCCAUGACGAUGCAGAGUCCCGGCCAGUCUGGGGGCGUCGGAGCCCUUGGGGCUGUGGGCAGAGAGAGCAGCCCUGCAUGCAGCCAGCAGGAAGCCCCCAGUGGGCGGGCGGGCAGGCCAGCAGGCGGGAGGGGGCUCCGCACCCCCCCCCCCCACCUCACCCCCCCCCCAGCCCUGGGCUCUCAUUCCCUCCCUCUCCCCCCACUUGCUGCUCCUCCUAUUGCCUCUCAUGUCCCCAGGGGGGCAGGGCCUGAGGCCCCCGCCCCAGGAGCGGUGCUAGUGGGCUGCUGACCCUCAGGCCACAGGGAGCCCACCCUAUACUCACCCCCAAAGUCCCAAAAGACGGUGCUGCUUUUUCUCGGGCUAUCUGUCGGCUUCCCGGGGCGUGGGUCCUCAGUGGGGAUGGAAGAGAGAGAAAGUAUAUAUUAUUUUUUGUUUCGUAACUUAUGUGGCUUUAACUUAUUGCUUCCCGUCCUGUUCCUGCAUGCUUCGUGCUGUAUGUACUAUUCUGGAAAAUCACUCGGACCCCAACUGCCUCACCUGGCUGCUGGCUCGGGGCUACGCCCCUCCCCCUGCCAAGGGAAUGAAUAAAAUGUUGAGGAUAAA